AUGGGCUCUCCCAAAGCAUCUCAACUACGCCUUGGCGAUGGCGUCUACGUUCCUACCCUUGCCUUCUUCACUCCAGAGGAUGAAGUUGAUGUUCCAGCUCUCGAGAAGCACAUUGUCAAGCUGCUCGAAGCAGGAGUAGCUGGCAUUGUUGUUCACGGCUCCAAUGGCGAAUGUGCCCACUUGUCUCCAUCAGAACGCACAACCAUCAUCCGUGUUGCCAGAGAUACCAUCAUCAACGAAGCUAGUGGUACUCGCGUUCCACUUAUCGCUGGUUGUGGCGCUCAAAGCACACGAGAAACGACUGAGCUAUGCGAAGACGCUGGCAAGGCCGGUGCCACUCAUGCUCUUGUGCUACCUCCCAGUUACUAUGGUGGCCUUCUCCCCGAUGAUCUUAUCAUUCAACAUUUCUACGACGUUGCUGACAAGAGCCCCAUCCCUCUUCUCGUGUACAACUUCCCCGGUGCUGCAGCUGGACGGGAUCUCUCCUCGGAUACGAUUCUCAGCAUCGCUAAGCACCCCAACGUUGUGGGUGUCAAGUUGACAUGCGGCAACACUGGAAAGCUUGCCCGCAUCGUGGCUGACUGUCCCGAAGGCUUCUUCGUUGGUGGCGGAAGUGCAGACUUUAUUCUGCAGGGUCACGCGGUGGGAGGCAACGGUACCAUCUCUGGUCUAGCGAAUCUCUGCCCACGAGCAUGCGUCCGGAUCACAGAACUUGCCGAUGAAGGAAACUGGAAGGAAGCCCGACAACUGCAAGCCAAGGUGGCCAAAGCAGACUGGAUGGCGAUCAAGACUGGUUUUGUGGGAGUGAAAGCAGCGCUAAGUCACUUUGGUGGUUACGGAGGCGAACCUCGACGACCAUGUGUUGCACCGUCUCAGAAGAAUCUGGAUACCAUUGCUCUUGGGUUCCAAGAAGUGAUGGAUCUUGAAACAACGCUAUGA